CUCAAGCACCAUAGAAAGCUACCAUGGCACGCUACCCUUCUCCCCUCUUCCAAAUCCUUUGCAUAUUACAGAUAGUCGCAUCCGGCAUCAUAGUAGUCUUCUUCUACGUCGCAUGGGCGGACAUCGCUAAGACUGUCGUAUUAAAGGAUGAUCUGGGGUUGGUAGAGAAGACCAAGAACCCGAAUGAAUGGCAUGCGCCUUGGUACUUCAAACUGCUCCACGGCACCGCCCAUCUCAGCCUUCUUUCAGCCAUCGUCCUAUUCGCUCUUCAUGCAUUCAAGAAGCUCUAUCCACCGUUCGGCCUCGUGCUCAACUUUUGUCUCACGUUCCUCUACAUUGCGGGCGUUGCGGGCGUGGCGGCGUUCUCCUUCGCUCUGGGCCUUGUCGGGAAGUGCGAUUCUGGCAUGGGAUGCAUUGCGUAUAAAGUCGCGUUCUUCACCGCACAUGUAUCAGGACUACUCGCAUGGGCCAUGAUGCUACUAGACGCGUAUACUUUCGGCCAAACGAGAUCCCAAACGGCUGGCUAUCAGAAAUUCAACGAAGACAGCGCUGGAUUGCUUCCACUUCGGAGUAAGGGAAUGGUGGCGACCGCGUACGAGCCGACUCGUAGUUGAUGGGCUGAGUAGAUCAACGUCCUCGUCUUUCCUUGUGCAACACAAUGCUUCGUCGCAGAGUAGAACCUGUAAUGUCUUUGUAAAUCUCACGCUCUAAAAUUCACUUGAACAAUACAUCCGCU